AUGUCUCUUCUUGAUACUAUCCUCCCCGUCGUGGGAUAUGCCAGUUGCAUUGCGCUCUGCUAUUUUAUCAUUGUUUUCGGGUACCGUUUGUAUUGUCAUCCCCUUAAGAAAUACCCUGGGCCUCUUCUGGCAAGACUAUCAGAUUCAUAUGCCGGCUACUAUGCCCUGAAAACAUCGCUCCAUCAUGCGACUUUCGAAGACCACCAACGCCACGGCGACGUUAUGCGCUAUGGGCCUGACCGCCUCAUUUUCAAUACCUCGGCCGCCCUUCGAGAUAUCUAUCAGAAUCCAAGAGUGACCAAAUCCGAUCUAUACCUAUUCGCUCUUAUAAAUGGGGUGCCCUUCAUCUUCAACUUACUCGAUCGCGACGCACACUAUCAAAGGCGUAAGAUAAUUAGCCCAUUCCUAGCCGAACGGUCAGUUAGCAAGUUUGAGCCUACUAUAGUACGGCAAACCGAUAUUCUCCUCAAGCAACUUCUUGGUUCGUCUUCCCAUCCUGUAGAUCUCACGGCCAGCUGCAGCCAAUUUGCUACCGAUGUUGCUGCCAACUUGGGCUUCGGGUAUCAUCUCGAGCUUCAAACAAAAGAGGAAAAUAGGUUCGUCCGUACGGGACUCGAGAUCGGGAAUUAUCGUGUUCACACUUUCAUGAACUUCCCUUUCCUCUCGCAACUUAGGCUCAAUUACCUAUUUGAAAGGAAUUCGAUUCGGCAGAAAUGGGGCAACUUACUAGUAAAAAUGAUGAAGACACGCCUAACACAAGAGAAGGGCACGAGACACGACUACUAUUCAUACGUCAUGAACAGCAUUGCGCUAAAACCCGACGAUCCUCAACAUAGUGAGAUAUUUGCUGAGUCAAUGAUGUUCAUGUCUGCUGGUGGGGAUACGGUGUCAACCGCCAUGACUGCGCUUUUCUUCUACCUGUCCAGAAAUCGCCAUUGUUAUGAUAAACUUACCCGAGAAAUACGUACCACAUUCGAAUCAGGCAGCGAAAUUCAAAGAGGGCCGCAACUGUCUGGUUGUUCAUACCUGCGCGCCUGCAUCGAUGAGGCAUUGCGUAUGUCGCCGCCAAUAGGAGGUACCCUGUGGCGACAACUAGCUAAAGGAGAGGAUGACAAACCGUUUGUGGUUGAUGGACACAUUAUCCCCGAGGGGACUCACGUUGGCGUUAACGUUUACUCCAUCUAUCACAACGAGAAGUACUUCCCUGAGCCGUUCGCUUUCAAGCCGGAGCGGUGGAUAGCAAACGACAAAUCAACGGCAAACAAUCCAGACGAACAGUCAAAAUUACUGGCAAGCAAUAAGGCUUUCACGCCUUUCACACUUGGUAUUCGUUCUUGCCCUGGAAAGGCUAUGGCUUACUUCGAAGCGAGCUUAGUUGUGGCAAAGACGCUGUGGUACUUCGACUUUGAGAAGAGCCCGGGCAUCCUCGGGGAUGUGGGCCGCGGGAAAUCGGGCUGCUACAUUGACGAGUUCCAAUUGCAGGAUAUGCUAACAUCGCGCCAUGAUGGACCGUAUCUAACUUUCAGACCCCGCGGGGAUUUUUGGAAAUAA